AUGCAUGGGAGCGAAGCAGGAAUGAUGGGCCAUUAUAUGCAAGAGCAAGAUCACCACCACCAUCAUCAUCCUGGGCUGCAUCAUCAUAUGAGCAAUGGGAAUGUGAUAGACCAUGAUGAGCAUGGCCACGAUAGUGGUGGUGGAGAAAGUGAAGGUAUGGACGGGGAGGUCUCUGCUGAUCCCGGGAACUUAUCUGAUAACCAUGGUGCAUUGGUGUCUCAAGGAGGGGGCACUGAGGAUAAUAACCAGCUAACACUCUCUUUUCAGGGGCAGGUUUAUGUUUUUGACUCUGUAUCUCCUGAAAAGGUUCAAGCUGUACUUCUAUUACUCGGGGGACGUGAAGUACCUCCUAACAUACCUACGGUUCCAGUAUCCAUGCAUAAUAGUGGAGGUUUAUCAAGUACCCCGCAGAAGUUCAAUGUCCCUCAGAGAUUGGCUUCACUAAUUAGAUUCCGUGAAAAGCGGAAAGAACGAAAUUUCGAAAAGAAAAUCCGUUAUACUGUUCGUAAGGAGGUUGCUCUAAGGAUGCAGCGAAAUAAAGGACAAUUUACAUCCUCAAAGCCCAGUCAGGAUGAUUCUGCAUCAGCAGUUUCGAGUUGGGAGUCAAACCAAAACUGGGGAGCAGAUGGCACUUCAUCCCAAAUUCAAGAGAUUUCCUGUCGACACUGUGGUAUCAACGAGAAAGCAACUCCUAUGAUGCGACGUGGACCAGAUGGGCCGAGGACCCUUUGUAAUGCCUGUGGACUUAUGUGGGCUAAUAAGGGAACUUUAAGGGACCUUUCAAAGGCAGCAACCAUGGGAACGAAUCCUCCCCGCAAUAGGAUUGACAAGAAUGGAAAUUUAGAGGCGGAGCAAAUGGUUCUCAGGGCUGCGGCAAAUGGUGAUGAUUUGUGA